CUCAGGAUCUAUGCGGCUUCAAAGAUAGCAAACACGGACUGCUUUGUACCUCUCACAGCCACAAGAAAGGCGCAUAAAUUGCACCCUGGAUCUCCCGGUUUUUUUUUCUACAUGCGACUCCAAUCGGAAUAAAUAAUUGAGGAAUGUGGAAAUUACAGAAUGCCCAACAGCGCUGGAAAGAGAUUUAAACCCACCAAAUACAUCCCAGUGUCCACUGCUGCCACACUCCUUGUGGGAUCGACCACUUUAUUUUUCGUUUUCACGUGCCCCUGGUUGACGAAGGUAAUCUCUCCCGCUGUGCCUCUCUACAAUGGCCUGGUCUUCCUCUUCGUCUUGGCCAACUUCAGCAUGGCAACCUUCAUGGACCCUGGUGUUUACCCCAGAGCGGACGAGGACGAGGACAAGGACGAUGAUUUCCGUGCGCCGCUCUACAAGAACGUGGAGAUCAAGGGCAUUCAGGUCCGGAUGAAGUGGUGUGCCACCUGUCACUUCUACAGGCCGCCUCGCUGCUCGCACUGCAGCGUCUGUGACAACUGUGUGGAGGACUUCGACCAUCACUGUCCCUGGGUGAACAACUGCAUUGGACGGAGGAACUACCGCUACUUCUUCCUCUUCCUGCUGUCACUCAGCGUUCACAUGGUGGGAGUUUUCUCCUUCGGCCUCAUCUUUGUCCUCCACCACAGAGAGAAGCUGGGAGCGCUGCACACUACCGUCACUCUGGUGGUGAUGUGCAUAGCAGGGCUUUUCUUUAUACCAGUCAUGGGACUAACAGGUUUUCACAUGGUGCUUGUGGCUCGAGGUCGAACAACCAACGAACAGGUGACGGGCAAGUUUCGUGGAGGAGUAAAUCCUUUCACCAAGGGUUGCUGUGGCAACGUGGAGUAUGUCUUAUGUAGUCCCCUGGCACCCAGGUACAUGCUGGACCCCAGGAAAAAGCCCCACGUCAAGAUUCAGCCCCCAUUCAUCAGACCGGACCUCUCAGACAGGCAAAUCACCAUCAAGGUCAGCGACAACGGUAUCCAUGGCACCAUUAUCAGCUCCAAGUCCAAGAGCAGCCUCGACGGUCUGGAUGACAAAGAAACCCAGCCGCCGCUGCCGCCUAAAGCUGACAGGUACAACCAGCUGAAAAGCCAGAUGACCUCCAGCGAAGAGAGUUCUCUCUCUGGUAAGACCCAUCCAUCCACUCCAGCCAUGUAUAAAUACAGACCGUCCUUUGGCACCAUGCCGAAAGUCCAUUACCACACUGCUGGAGAAAAGAUUGUCAUGCCAGAUGACCGCAAGACUUCGGCCAUCUUGGAAGAAGGUGUACGUGGUCAUGACUACCGAUCCGAGCCAAACUUGGACCUGCCUGAAUAUGCCAAUGCUCCCCUCCACCGCACUUUUCAGUCCUCUCCUCUCCAGCUUGACUCCGACCCCAUCAACUCCCGCUCUCUCAGCCUGAAGCAGGGUCACCGCCGGCCGGAGAAGGGUCAGCUCCCAGCCCUGCAACCCCAGACAGUCACUUCCACCCCCUACAAGAGUGUCUUCUCUCCAAACACUCUCUCCAACCGUAAUGGUAGUCUGUCCUACGACAGCCUGCUUAACCCUAGCAUCUCCCCAGCCACUGCCAAUGAGUGCAUGGCCCACCGUGGUAUGCCCUCCAUGGGGUUCCACUCGCCCUACCUGCCCACCAAAAUGUGCCACAUCCGGGAACCUGAAAUACAGAGACAACAGGUCGCCCCCACCUACAGUCCAGUGAUGCCCCCCAGGGGGGUGGGCAGGCAAUCCCCUCACCCUAGGGACAGGGAUCCAUCGCCGGUGCGCUAUGACAACCUCUCCCAGACCAUCAUGGCCUCCAUCCAGGAGCGAAAGGAGAUGGAAGAGAGGGAAAAGCGGCAGAUGCUGCAUGGGCGCUCCCAGACCCAAAUCUAUGCCCAGGACUCUGGCGUUUUUGAUGGGGGCUAUGGUUUACCCCACAAUGUUUGCUACCCAGAUGGGCCUCGCGGCCCCGGCUCCAGAGGCCCAACACCCCCAGCCUAUGGAGGAUCCAGGGACAACCUGAUGGGGGUCGGGCUGGUGAGCUAUGGUCAAAGAACCCCUGUGUUGCGCCAUGCUGGCACCACACUGGGCCGUGCCCCAAGGACUUCAUCCACCUCCUUGCACACAGAUCACAGUAGCAGCAACAGCAGCCAGAGCAGGGCCACAGGUCCUGAGGGCCCCUAUCGCUCCCCAGCUCACCAGCCCCACUCCCCUGCUAUGCCCCGAUCCCCAUCCUACUCCCACCAGAAACUCUCCUACAUCAAUGCUCAUGAGAGGACAGACUCACCUCGUCUGGGGGGCCCAAGAGAGGCCAUGAAAGUUAAUGGGCAGAUGGACUGCCACCCGAGUGCCCAGGGUGCCACCCUCAGCCCCAGUCGCCACAGUAACGUCAAAAAGGUGACGGGCGUAGGAGGCACCACAUAUGAGAUAUCAGUGUGAGCAGGGACACCACAUCCACCUCCAACAACAACGGCCAGCCCUGCUUCAAAGAGAUUCUCUACUCUCUGUUAUUUUUAAUAAGAUAAUGGCCAGUCAGGGGCACAUAGUACUCCCUGAUUUGGACUUACUGUCCAAUCAGAGGAUCUGUCUGCUCUUGUGUGGGCCUGUCUAGCCAAAUGCCCGUGUGUGUUUGUACCGGAGGGGUAGGUUGUCAGUUGAUGCCGCUGCAGGCUGUACUGUAUGUGUGUUUUGUCGUUAACAUUUUUCGUGGCUCAUCAUCUUGGUCGUAAGAGUGGACCGUCAAACAGGAUCGUCAAUGUUAUUAGUGUUGUCUCAGCUGUGGUCAUGAAGCGUUUGUGGUUCCAAUUGUCAAACACAAACUUCGCUCCAGCAAAAGCUGAGAGCUGAACAAAAACACUUCAGAUGGAUUAAACACUGAUGUCCUCACUAUGGA